AGCUGUCACUAAUUCUUGCUAAAUUGUCAAUAAAGAAAACGUCACUAGUUCAAUGCGGAAAAUUUAUUUAAUUGAAAAAGUAUUCAAUUUUCCCAUUAUAAAAUAGUUGAGUGGCAGCCAAAAAAAAAUGUAUAAGCCCGCAAGGGAUUAACUUUAUUAGAUCGUUAUAAAACCGCUCCGUGACUUUUUAACAAUUAAAUGAUCCCAGGAUCGUUCAGUCAAGAUGAAGAAGUUAUUUUCGAAAAUUGAGAAAAACAUCGAUACUGCCCCCAAGGAACCCAACACCUUUAUCGGAAAAACUUUUACGUUCGGUCGACAAACUGUGGUCGUCGAGGAUAUAUUGGCGGAAGGUGGUUUCGCUAUUGUGUAUCUGGUAAAGGGCAACAAUGGCACCAGAUAUGCCCUUAAAAGGAUGUACGUCAACAACGAACAAGAUCUUAACGUUGCCAAACGUGAAAUUCAAAUUACAAGUAGCUUAAAUGGGCACAAAAACAUCAUAGGUUAUGUUGACUCGAGUCUGGUACCAACAGGGGGUGGGGUCUACGAAGUCUUACUACUAAUGCCUUACUGUGCCGAAAAUGUGUUUGGCCUCAUGAAGGCCAAGGGCAAACCAAACUUUUCUGAGAUGGAAGUCUUGACUAUUUUCUGUGAUAUGUGUGAAGCAGUAUCUAGGUUGCAUCAUUGCAAGACACCCAUUAUACAUAGAGAUUUAAAGGUAGAAAAUAUAUUAGUAGGAGAGAAUGGAAACUAUAUUUUAUGUGAUUUUGGAUCAGCUACUGCCCGAGUACUGAAUCCGAGUGAAAAGGGGGCGGCUGUGGUAGAGGAUGAAAUUAAAAAAUACACCACGUUAAGUUAUAGGGCACCGGAAAUGGUGGAUAUGUACUGUGGGAAACCCAUUUCCACUAAGGCUGAUAUUUGGGCCCUAGGAUGUUUGUUGUAUAGGUUAUGCUACUUUACUUUACCUUUCGGCGAGAGUACCCUGGCCAUUCAGAGUGGUCAGUUUUGCAUUCCAGAUGGUUCCCAAUAUUCCAGGGGUGUACAUCAGUUAAUACGUUUUAUGCUGGAACCCGAUCCAGAUAAGAGACCUGAUAUUUAUCAAGUGAGUUGUAUUGCAUUCCAGCUGUUGGGCAAGCCGAAUCCAGUGAAAAAUUUGAUGAAAACCCCAACGCCGAACCUAGACGACCUCCCUGUCCCCCUCUUCGAAUCCGAACAGAAAAAAGCGACUCAAAUCAAAAUCCAGAGCCAGAAACCGCCGAGUCAGUCGAUGCCGAUCGUCGAGAGCACCAGCGUGACCCCCCGUCAACGUCCCAAGGGCAGUUCCACCACCCCCCUGAACCUCAACAACAUCCCGUUAAGCAUCAGCUCGAGUCCGGGGGGUGGAUCCGUUAAAAAACCGCAAAACUCCCAAAGUCCCGGCACCCAAACCACCCCGUUUCCCACCCAUCAUCCAUCAGGUAAUCCCUCUCAAACACCAUCAAAUAUCCCCUUUGUCAAUCCUUUUCCCGAUUUCGGUUCAAAUAGUAAUUAUUUCGGCGAGGAAUUGUUGCCGCAGCACCAGCAACUGGAUUCGUUGUUCCAGUCUUCCAUUUAUCCGGACCCGUUUCGAGACGAUAGUAGAGGAAAGGGAGGAUCCUCACCGCCCGUUUUAGCGGAUAAAAGUGAGGGUGUUCCCGUUGGAGUGGCUCCUAAUGUUUUAUCGCCGGUUACUAGCGAGAAUCCGCUUUUUAGUACGGGAAGUUUGGGACGAGGGGUAAGCCCUUUAAGGAGCGGCCUAACAGAAUCCACCAACGUGGUGGGAAGCAACACCACGCCCCCAUCCUCUCCCUCCCUGAACUUACCAAAGGGCCACCGUCGAAACAUGAGCGACACCACCGCAUUUAAUAAAGCGUUCGCGACCGAAACCACCCAAUUCCUCGCUCCGUUCGAGUCUUCCAUAAAGACGAAAUCGAGAGAUUCGCCGACUCGCGCUUGCGGCGAAGACGCCGUCAUCGCGCCCAUGGGAAGUUCCGCAUCCACGUGCGACGUCAGUCAUCCGUUGGGUUCCGAUGGUAGAUCGUUAUCAGCCGACGUGGAGAAUUGGAAUCCGUUCGAGGAAGCGACCCCGUUCAGUCAAAUGACCGAGGAUCAUAUUUUCGGGGCGGAAUUCGAUAAGAUACGACAAGGGAGCGGAGGUAGUCAAAGCAGUAUUCAGGGCGUAAAGUCCAGGGAGAGCCUCGUGAUGCAAGAAGAUCCAUUUAGGGCCGCCCCAUUUACUUUGCCCUCGAAAGCACCGAAGCGACUCCAUUCUGCAGCUUCUAUACGCCGUAGAGACAUCCCCGAACCGGUCAUAGAAGAACCACCACCACCACCAUACCAAUAUCUAACCACCGAGUCCAGAUCCAAUCAAAAUCUAUACUCCGAAGGCGACGUGCCUCUAAUCGGUACCACCGAAACCGAAAGUGACAUAGAACCGUCUCCGUUUAAAAAAGUACAACUUCCGUCAGUUGAGCUGCCACUGGAGGAGCACCGACAUAAAAAGUACGAAAAACUAGUGCAAGGUCAUGACGUCAGCUCGGACAGCGACAGAGAAGACAAAGCGAAACCACUGGUGAAGAGAAAGAAGAAGAUAAACCUACCAGAGAAGCUGCACAACGUCUAUAAAACCGUUGAGUUGCCAAUCAAGUUCAAAGAGAAGAAACCGAAAAAGGGCGUCACAGAAUCGACUUAUCAAUCAGACGAUUCGAUUGGGUCGGCGAGUGAUCUUAAAGCAGACGAUGACCACGUGGAAGUAGGCCAGGAAGCCAAAGAAGACUUAAAAAGUGAAGAUGUGCAAACCUGUGGGUCCUCAGCUUACCACGCUGAGUGCGAGAGUAUGGCCACAAAAGACGACGGAAUGAGUCGCAUAGUAAAACCAGAAAAACCGGAGGUGGAAAUUCCACAAGAAGAAGAUAUGAUUUUCAUUGGCCAUCAGUACGGAGAACGCCCUCUUUUAGCAGACGACGAGCUGGAUUCAGACUGUGAGAUCCAACAAAACGUCAAGUGGGACUUAGAGAAGAAUACUAAGAAAGAAAUCGCUUGGAUAGCCCCUAGCAGCAGCCUUGAUGACGACGUAUUCAGUUUGGCCCCGUUUGGUAAACCCAAAUAUCCAGUAGAAGACAUCGUCGCUUUCCAAAGUGCCCCGGAAUCAAACCUAAACCCCUUUUUAACAACCGACUUUCCCGCAGCAACCUUCCAUAAUGCAACCAUAAGUGGACAGUUUGAUGUCCCCCCCAUAGAGCCACAGUUGCGGUUUGAAAGUGAUUUCAUUGAUCACCCUGAACUGUUCAUGGAAAAAUCACCUGAGCAAAGCAUUUUUGAUUGUUCACAAACAGAGUCAAAAGAAAUCGGAUUGCUCAUUGACUUGUCCAACAGUAGCGUGGAAAACUGUCCGGUACUCGAGCCAGUCAGUUUUCCAGAUAUUAUCCAGAAAGCCACUCCGGAAUCGCCAAAAGUGAAACAGAAAAAGGACAAGAAGAAAGAGAUGAAGUCCAAGUAUCAGCUGUUUGACGAUAGCGUUUCUGACGAGAGUCCCAGCUAUAAAACUAAAGGGAGAAAAACCAUCAAAGGGAAAAAGAAGGUUUUACUAGAGGAGGGGUUCAGUAAUAUGAGCUUCGAGGACUUUCCCUCUGACGAAAGGGAAAUAAUUCCGAGCUCCGAGUUGCCUUUUGAGGUGCUACGGAACCCGGAUCAGGAAAACCGUAGAGCCGGAGGCACCAAGAGGAUCUCCAAUCCGUUUUCUUGAGGUUUACCCUUUGGUAUACGCUCCCUAUACGAAAACGUUUAGAGGAGUUUUCAUUUUAGGGCUUUAAAGACUCGAUUUUGUUAUGUUUAGUUAAGAUUUCUAGAAACGACCGUGACAAUAUGAAGUCAACGAAUUUUUACUGUUUUGUUUGUUUGUAAAAAGGUUCGUGAUAUUUAAAUUAGGUGGGUCUGUUGGUUGGAGUUAAAAAGGAGGUUGUUUAUAUUACGUUUGUACAAAUUAACAUUUCUUAUAUUCGUCAUGAAUUAGUCGAGUGGUACCUCGUUAUUUUGGGUUAGUUUUUGACCAAAAAUCGAUUGAAAUUGAAUUUUCGGUACCCGCAAUCGUUUGCAUAAAAAAUUUACUUUUUUAAAUGUCAAAAUAAUUAGGUCGAGUAACCUCUCAUUUCUGGCUAUAUUUUUUCUGAAAAAUUAAUUGGUGAAAAUACAUUUUUGGUAUCUGCAACUGUUUUGCUAAAAAACGCAAAUAACCGAUAUAUAAGAAACCGAUAUCGCAAAUAUCGGCAACCGUUUUCAUAAAAACUCAACCUUCUUAGAAGUGAAAAGAAAUAAGUCAAGUGAUCCCCCAUUUCUAGCUAAUUUUUUCCAAAAAAUCGAUAUAAAAUCAUAGGUGGUAUGACAUGGCCUAGGGCAUUUGCACAAGCGACUACUGUGACGUUUUCCGCAUGUUCAGGCGCCACUAAGUGCACUCUUUUGGCACCUUUUUGGGCUAGUACUAGCUGCUGGUGAUGAAGGGUUAAUCUGCAACCCUUCUCAUCUAUGUUGUAAAUUUUUUCGGGGCUAUGUUUUAAUCCGGUUCUACACAGCAGAGCAUCCAAUUUAUCAAAAUAAUCAUUUACAAUGAAAUGAUUCAAUUUCUGAGCUCGGGCAGGAUUUAAUUGCUGUGCUUUGCGUUGAGCUAUUUGUGGAUGACGUCUUAGAAAGGCACGGUACCAUUCUUUACCCGCCAAUUUUUUUUCCCGGUUAAAUUUAUGUUUAACGCUCAUUUUCUCACAAUAAUUGAAAACACUUCGGUGUAAAACUUUCGAAGUUAACGGAAAGCCUCUGCUAGAAAAUCUCAAUAUUUUCCUUUCUAAGUCCGUUUCCUGUUCCAUAUUUAAUACUGGUUUUGCUCCCAAUGACCUGUUUCAGAAACCGGAUUUAAGGUGAUUCCUUAAGGUACGACGCGGAAUCCCAGAUUGCUGUUCCACCCAUUCUUGAGACCGACCACUCCUUAAUAGCUGAAGGGCCUCUUCCAUCAUUUCUUCGGUCCAAUUUGCUCGUAUUCCUCGAUUUUUUUCCCCAUAACUGAAAAAUAAAAAAGUAUUUUCUACUGCGUAUGUAGGAGACAGAUAAUAUGGCCGGAACAUUAUAGCUACAGCUAUAAUACUUACUUAAGCUAGAAAACUGCUCCGCGCUGUAACUGUUGCUGACACGUUGGUAUAAAAAACUAUUUUCUAAGACUUCCGCAGGAAUCCUACAUGGAAAAACAACUUUUAGACCAUCUUGUAAUAGGCCUUAUUACCUGGCUAGAAACUUAAAGGUAACCAUUUCGGCAGGCAAUAAGGCCGGGAGCUCAUUGCAUUGAGAUAAGGUGGGAAAUUUCUUUAAAAAAAUAUAUAAGUAAGUAAAAAAUAUAUAAGUAAUGGGAUUAUUUUUUUAAGACUUUUGCCAGCGUAAACAAUUAAGAUAAAUUUACAAAAAAUUACGCAUUAUUUUGUAGCCGGCUUUAUUAUCUGCAAACAAAUUUAAUGGUAAGGCAGGUAAUAAGGCCGCGGCCUUGUUACAAGUCUGGCAUCCAUUUUCUUUUUGAGGUUAGAUGUAACAAAAAAAGAGUAAAUAAAACGAAACAACUAUGUUAAGUUAAUCUAUAUACCAACACAAUUUGGAAAAUAUAAUGCAAACAAUA